UUUACUUUAACGACUUUACUCAAAACAUUUAAUUUUUGCUUCUUUACAGACGGGUGGAUAAAGCUUAAUACAGAUUUGGUGUGUUUUGGAGCCAGAGACAACCGGUUUGGCAAGUUCCUUGUUCCUUCCAACGGCAAACUAGCAUCAGUCAAACUGGUACACGUGUAUGGUUAUGUGACGUGUGAUAAUGGCAAAGCUUACCAUUGGUCUUAUUGGGGAUGCAACCAACACUCUAGAGUGAAAAACCAUGUAGACGCUGUAAUAACAACAUCAAGCGGUAGCAUUCUUUUGCCUUCGAGCCAGUUCAUAACUGAUGUACUAAAGUGGUCUUUGAUUCCUGGUUACAACUCACUUUCUCCAGAGCUGGUUCUGUCUGCUUUCUCCAAUCCUCCAUCCGUGACUCGAGGACAGGAGCUUCGUUUGUGGUACGGCGAAGAUUUGGUGAAUAGCCAUGAAAGCGACAAUGGAGGAACAUCGUGCUGUGAUGUUUAUGCUCGCCUGAUAUAA